CCGGCCCCGCCCAGCCCAGGCUCAGCCCUCCCCUCCGGCGACUGUGUGAGGCCGAUUGACCGGCACCGCGGCCUGAGGACUCUGGGCUGUUUCUUGUGAGCAGAGGCAAUGGUGUCUGUUGCCGGAAUAACGCGACCUUUUAGCCUUGGUGAGGACGGUGGAAGUGCAAAAGAAACUGAGAUGAACAAAAUGGUAUGUUUUACAAACAAACUAGUAGAGAGAAAUAGCUUUAGGAUCCGUUACGUGACUGGCGAUCUUUUCACAUGUCCAGCACAGGAUGCACUGGCCCACUGCAUCAGUGAAGACUGUCGUAUGGGGGCAGGGAUUGCGGUCUCAUUCAGGAGGAGGUUUCAAUCUGUUCAGGAGCUGCUGAAUCAGAAAAAGAAGACUGGGGAUGUAGCAGUGUUGAAGGCAAAGCAAAGAUACAUUUACUAUUUGAUUACAAAAAAGAGGGCCUAUCAAAAGCCAACUUAUGACAGUCUGCAGAGCAGCCUGGAGGCCAUGAUGAGACACUGCCUGAACAAUGGAGUCAGACGCAUCUCAAUGCCCAGGAUCGGAUGUGGACUGGACAAACUGAAUUGGGACAAAGUUGCUGCAAGAAUACAAGAAGUAUUUAAGAACACUGAUAUUCAAAUCACUGUAUACUCUUUGGAAACACCUGCUAAGGUUACUUCCAAUGCACAAGUUUUUACAUAAAUAGCAUGCGAGGACGGACUCAGUCGGGCCAUUGGAUUCUUGCCAUUGAAAGAACUGUAGCUACUAAAUAGUUAUUUUUGACAUCUUGAAACUGUUAGCUAAAAUGAAUUUACUCAUAAAUGAUGUACAACACGAGGGGCAAAAUCUUGUGGAGGCAACUGCCACUAAUAUUAACCGAGCAAUGGAUGGACUGUCACCAUGUUGGGAGCAAGACAUGCAAAUCUGUGUGGGCUGUUGUGACCUCCUGAGGAGGGGGUCCAUCAUUCAAAUUCAGAUCAAGGAAUGCAGUAUCAGGAAGUCCCCUUGCUGCCGAAUCCCCCCUUCCUAAGACCCAUAACCCUGCAAAGUACCUCCCACCAUCACUUACCUCUGGCCAGGGUCUAUCUGUGAUCCUGGUCUCCGGUGACUGUCAUUUUGACAGUAGCCACCAUCUCCCUGCUUAGCAAAAGAGCUGCCAGCCUCUGAUUGAUUGGCCAGCAGCUCUCAGUGGCCAGGACUUCCUGCUUCUGGGGUCCUGAUCCUGGUGAAGGCCCGCCAGUGGCUUCUCAACUGCCCAACUGACUCCUGGUUCAGCGGACCUUCCGCAAAGGAGGUAGCACAAGUCUCUCACCGACUCUCCAGCCAGGUGAGACCCUGGGACUUCUCCCUGUCCCCUACCUGAGACCAUUAUCUCAAUUUAUAAUAUCUAUCCAAUACUCUAACAUUCAGGGGUAGAAAGAGUUAGAUGUAAAUUAACAGGCAAAAUAUGGUUGAACACACCACACUGCACAAUAAAUGACAGAUGUGACUAAGACAAAGUCCAUGAAUUUCUUAAGGUGCCAGUAAACACUGAGCCAACCAACCUCGUUGAAACUCUGUCCCUCUCGUUGAGGGAUUCCAGUAUGAUGAGUGUAAGACAACGAUUCGACAUGACUCUUCAGCAAAAUUCAAGUUCUGUACUACCAAAUGACUAUUCAUAAAUUGUUUUAUAACAAUAUGGCAGCAAGGCUCACAUCCCAGGAAUGAAUACUUUAAAAAAACAUAUUUAUCCCAUUUCUUUAAGUUAUGCAUUUCCCACCCUUUCAGACAGUGCAAAUCAUCAUUUGCUGUGUAAAUUUUCCUCCUGUAGGCUCUACUUUUGUUAAACUGCCUUAAAUUUGACCUCUGGUUACUGACCCUUCUGCUGCUGGAAAAGUUUUUUCCUUAUUUACUUUAUCCUUAUUUUGAGCACCUUUAUAAAAUCUCACCACCUUCACGAAGGAGAACAACUUUAGUUUCUCAACUGCAUGUAACUCAAGUCUUUCAUCCCUGGUAUUAUUGUAGUACAUUUUCUCUACGUUCUCUCCGAGGCCUGGACAUUCCUCCUAAUUUGAUUCCUUGCUUUUAUAUCCUGUGGCUUUAUUUACAAAGCCCAUCUUCCUUUUUAACACCCUUCUCAGUACUUUCAAAGACUUGUAUAUGCACACACCUGCUGGCUUCUAAACCUGGCCAUCAGGCUCAAAUGUCACUUACUUCUGAUUUUCCCCAAGUUGGCCAAUUAUGGCCAGAGGGAGGACGUGCCAUCCAAUUAAGGUUGGCGUGCAGGCUCUCGGAGCUGGAGAGCCAGCAGGAGGCCUUCCAGCUUGUAAAUAGCAGCAGGAUGCUGUGACAAGUGAGGGAGAGGAUACCCCAAAUUGGAGGCACCCUUUACAACGUUUUCAAAUUUAAAAUUAAAAACGGCCUUUGCAACUGGGUCACUAUGUUGGUUGGUGGCAGGAGGGAGGUGGGGGGAACCCCUUCACAGGGUGACCUACUACUGCACCUAGGCAAGGAGGAAGGGCCUCAGUCUGCCUGGAGUGCUGCCCCCAGUCUACCACAGGGAGGCUGCCUGCAGGCAGCUAAACUGGCCCCCACUGCCUGCGAAGACCUAGAGGCUGACUGGAAAGUCCUAGCUGGACUCCUUCAAGUGGCUGUUACUGAGCUUAAUCAACUACUUGCAGCAAGCAGGCAAGUAGCCCGCUGUGUCCCUUCCCACCUCUGAAAAAAUGGCCCAAGGAUGGGAUGAAGCUUGGAAAGCGGUAGCCUUAGUGCCUACCCACCUCCGUUCCUGGCCCCAGCAAGAGCAAAAUAUCCUCCCCCAAGUUGUCUCUGUUCCUGCACCCACUUCAAAUUUAUACCAUUUAUUUUGCUUUGCCUCCAAGGCAUUCUUCGUACAAAAAUGAAGCACUUCAGACUUUAAAACUCAUCUACCAUUUGCCCAUUUCACUAGUCUGUCUCUGUCCUCUUCAAGCCUGUUACUCUCCCCCUCAAUCUUUUGAGUUUCUGUAAACUUAGACAUUAUUCCCUGUAUACCCAAGUCCAGGUAAUUAUAUCAAAAGGAGCAGUGGUCCCUGGGGACACCACGGCACACUUUCCUGCUCUCUGGAAAAACAGCUGUUCCUAUUUGCUCUCUGCUUUCUGUCCAACAGCCAAUGUCCCUUUAAUCCCAAGGGCUUCAAUUUCUAUUUAAAGUUUUGUUGACAUUAUGGUACUGGCUUGAAGGAGAUGUCAGCUAUUCCUCAGUAAACUGAUAAUGCUUGUAAUGAACUCUAGAUGUCUUGAGUCUUAUAGCGCAUUAAUGACAGUUAACCUCCCAGGCCAGCACUCUCAAUUAUACCAUCAGUGCAUACUACACAAAGCCUGGCAGCAGCAGCACAGAGCUAAGACAUGCUUUGAAAUCCCACAGGAUUACAAUAAAAACAAUGGGAUUCAUGGGCAAAUCAUUCACAACCAACAAUACUAUAACAAAAGCAAAGUACUGCCAAAAGUGGAAAUUUGAUCUGAAAAACAGAAAAGGAAGGAAAUGUUCAGUAGGUCCAGCAGCAUCUGUGGAGAGAAAAAUCAAGAGUUAAUGUUUUGGGUCCUGACCUUUCAUUAGAAUUAGAAGAAUUUAGAGACUUAAAGGUUUAUACACAGACACAGCCAGGUGAGGAAGUAGAGUAGGGAAUACUAAGAGGAAAGUCUGUGAUAGGGCAGGAGUGAUUAAAUGGUAGAAGGGGUGAUUGUAACAAGCCAAAGGGACAAGUAAAGAAACAAGAAAGGUCUAGAGGAUGUGAAUGAAAACAGAACCAUUUAGAAAGUAAGUUUUGCAGCAGGCCAUAGUGUCUAAAAUAUUUUUACUGUGGCUUUAAAUUUGAAGAUAAUCCAUGAAUUUAAAAUUGUUUGUUUAUAAGCUUAGUUUGUGAUGUAGGCAGGCUAUAAUACUGCAUAUGAAUAACCUUUAACUGGUCUGUCAUUUCAGCCCCAGUGUAGUGUUGCAUUAGAUUUAUCCAAACAUAAAGAUUAUACUAUAACUGAAGUGAUCCCUCUUAGUAGCAUACCAUAUGCUGAAGUGCUGUCAACUCCUUACCAAUUUAUUUAUGCAUCUGUCUGUGAACUUUAUUCCCUUUCAAAUACUUUAUUUUUAACACACUUUUUUACACUUGUGAUUACUGAAGAGGUUGAUUCUCCACAAACUUCUAUAGUAUUUCGAAGGUGAUAUUUGUAAAAUACACGCAUGGAGCAUUGAUGUGUACUAUUCCUGAACCCUUCUAAAACUGUGUGACCCUUGUCAUAUAUUUUUGGCUAUAGGGCAUAGCAGAGCUGCUGCUAAUCUGAAGUGACCUGCUGGCUCACUCAGCUGAAGCAAGUUUUAAAUGGUGAGCUGUUGCCAUCUUAGAAGCAAGAUGAAAUCCAUUUUGGCCUUUACCUGCUUUGUCACACCUGGUUGCACUCCGACAUGGCAUGAAAGGAAAACGUGCACAUUCAAUGCUUAAAGUGUAUUGUAACCCACGCAAGCUUAACUGCUGUAAGUAACAUUUUUAAUUCUUUUACUUAACUAACUGACAGUGCUGUUUCAUGUAUGCUGCAUUAUUAUUGAAGGUAUGAUUUUCAACUGAGAAUGCACUGUAAUACGCGAUGUAGUUUAGAGGAAUUGCAACCAUAUCUUGGAAAUGGUGAAUCAGUGCACAAGAACUGGAUAUGGAAGCCCAACCAUGAUAGGAGAAAGUAAAGGAACUCCACAAAUGGAUGGAAUAAAAUGGCUGUGCAGGUCGUGCUCAAAUUUACAACUCAGUACUGCCCCUAUCGCUAGUGUGGAGUAUUCUGCCUCAAGAAUACACCCUGACACAAGGAUGAGAACUAUCCGACAUUGUGUGGACCUAGAGUGUUGAAGACAUAACCUUACCGAUAUAAGAAAUUUUAAUAAGAAUUGAAGCAUUGAUGCAGGAAGGAGCAAACUGUACUUCAACAAGAUGAUAUUGUAAGUUUAUGAUCAUUGUGUUCUGCUUACUUGUGUGGGAUCUCCAGUUUGUAAUGUGUGAAGUAAAGUUAAUCUGGAACACACAAUUUGUCAUUUGAUAGUACUGUUGUUUUCAAAUAAAUCCUGUGACAUCUAAUGCAAAUAAUGUCUAUUGAGCAAA